GUCACAUCGAGGCUGGUCUAAAUGAAGCGAUGCGAUUCAGUGAACGCUUGACCUAGUAGUACACGUUACCACAGGCCUAACUGAAACUGUCGGCCGAAUAUACCACUUUCAGUUGAUCAUACGCGAAAAAAUGGAUAUUGAACUUUUCGUGAAGGCGGGCACUGACGGCAAAAGCCUUGGAGAUUGUCCAUUCUCACAUCGUAUACAGAUGAUACUACAACUAAAAGGCUUAGAAUACAAACUCAUACCAGUCAAUAUGAAAAUCAAACCACGUGGUUUUCUAGAUAUAAGCCCUGCGGGAAAAGUACCGGUGCUCACACACGAUGGCGGUAGGAUGGACGACUCGACGGCCAUAGCGGAAUAUCUAGAAACCACUUUCCCAGAACCAAAGUUGAGGGCGGACAAUGUGGCGGCAGACAAUGCUGGGGAUAGGUUAUUUCACAAAUUUGCAGCAGUGUUAAAAAACAGGGACGCGUCAGCCGAGGUACAUCUCAAAAAUGCCUUGCUCACUGAAGUCCGAAAGCUGAAUAAUUUCUUAUCCAACUCACCGGGUGUUUAUCUAGAUGGCGAUACGCUUAAACUACCAGAUUGCAAUAUUCUACCCAAAUUGUAUCAUCUUAAAGUAGCAGCCAAACACUUCAAGGAUUUUGAAAUACCCGAUGAAAUGGACGUGUUAAAGACUUAUAUGGCGACAGCGUUUCAAACAGAAGUUUUCAAGACCACGGCGUACCCAGAAGAGGAAAUCAUUAAUGGAUGGGCUGAUCAUCUCGGUGUGCCGGUCAAGAGGCGCUAGAUGGUGCUAUUUGGGACUUUGUAAUUAAAAACUGAGUACACUAAUACACGUGACCCACUCGAUAUAUUGAAUGUAGUUGACUCGAUCCUCGUCCCAAAAGUCUUUGCGCCACGCUCGGAUAAGCGUAACACAGAGACUCGUGGUACAAGUUACAAGUCAAUAUCUAGUAACGUAGUAGUUAUUUAUAUGAACAAAUCUUUGAACUUUUAAUUAUUUAGUCUAAAAGUAUAGUUUAAUAUUAAAGGCGGUUGUCCUCGCGCCACGCAUGCGCCAGAUAUGUGUUCUAUAAUAACGAGAUUGUUGACAACAUUCAUCAGUAUUCAGUGCGCACACUUACACAGAAACAACUUCAAGUCUUGCGUGCAAAUCAGAGCGUACAAGUAAAUGGACAAUACCAAUAUUCGUACGGGUAAAAUACGAUCUGUCCCAUAAGCGCCGUGAGCACCGUGACUACGUCCAUUUCGCUCAGAUCAAAUCUCACACUUGCCGCCAUAUUAAAUUGACAGUAGAGCGCGGUGGAUUGUGGGAAAAUAAAUGUAUUUAUCAUCACAGAUGUGCAUAUGCGUGACGCGACGACCAUCGACCUUUGAUGAUUUUAUUUUAAGAUGACGUGUUUCUAAUCUAAUUGUGUUAGUAUGUGUAUCUGAAAAACGAAAUAAUUAUUAAUAUUGGUCGUUAGUGGCGCUAUAUCACCGAUACAUUUUGUUUCCAUUUCCAAUAUUUUUAGUUAGCAUACGGUCUUUCUGUUUGACUCGAUGCGGAUAUCAAUUUUGCCGUCAGAAAUUGUUGCCUACAAAUGUGACUAGAAAUGUAUAUAUAGUUGUUCACUAAAUAUAUUAUAUUGUAGUGUUUAUCGUCAUAGCAACGUAGAAAUACCGUAUUACUACUUAUAAUAAUAAUAAUAAUAAUAUUACCACCCUUAAAUCGUCAGUCAAGGUUGAAAUUAGGUAGGAUGUUGACCUUUGUAGUUUGUGCGAAGACACUUCGAUCAUACCGUGUAUCGCCCCUCUUAACGGUGUGAACGCUUUAACAUUAAAGCGGGAGGGUCGUCACCUGCGCACGCGCGGGAAUUGAGUCCCAAACGACGUUAACAACACGCGCUAAAAACGCAAAGGCUCAUGGGUAGACGCUUGUUUGUAAACAAAGACACGCUAUGGCCACCCGACGAAAGCGCAGGUGACGACUCUCCCCGCUUGAAGAUUUUAUUUUUUUAGGAGAGUAUGAAUCAGUUAAUAACAUGACGUCAUGUGUAUUUUUAGUUAGAUAUUACAAUUAGGUUACGAACUUUUAUUCUUAGUUAAUGCAUGUAAAGGAGUGAUAAUUCAUAACAGUAUUUAAUAAUUCCAUUUUAAAUAGUUAGGGUGUUUUGAUUUGUUCAACCAAAUAUACACUUUUGUAAGAUUUGCUUUGUAAGAUUGUUCCAAUUCAGGGAAAAAGAGUGCGUCCAUUGCGCAAUCGCAAUACGUCUUGUGUAUUUCAUUCUAGGGAUCAUCCAAAUACAUGUAUAUAUUUACAUGUAUUAUGCCGUUUUCGUUUUUGUUUUUUGUGUGUUUCAUUUCAUUGUAUCAUUGUACGCAAAUCCGAUUAAGAUCCGAUCGGAUGUAGAUAGAGCCUCCGCUUGCUUCUAGUUCCUGUCGCCGGUGUACACCGCCUGUAACUAGUUUGAGGCGAAAUCACCGGCGACAGCAUCUAAAUACAUCGGUCAUGUACGCAAACGCAGUACAGUCCACUGCAGAAAUUGACGAGUGCGAAAGAUAUAGAAACGUUCAUGUAUGUUAUAAUAUUUGUACAUACUAAAUCUGAUUGGCUAAUAUUAUGAAGUCGGUACGUUGUUCUUUUUUUGUCUACUCGAUUGUUCUGUUACCUGUUACAAACUACUGGUUCGUCACGAGCAACAGUGUCGAAGUUAACACAAUAUACUGAAUAAUGUUUGCACAUUAAAUUAAAUUCGGCAAAAUUUCGACAAUUUCUUUUCAAAUUGUAUCUACAAAAAAGAACUUUUGCCUAACACUGUAAACUGGCGUUGCUACGAAUCGCUGCAUAAAUGCAGUUUUUUUUUCAAUUUUAAUUAAAAUAAUUUUUUAAUUAUUAUUUUUUCAAUCUUAUUUGUUCUAAAUUAAUAUUUUGUGAGACCUUGUUUAUGUUUGAUUUUGUAAGAUUCAGUGACAACAAUGUAAUGUUCGGAAAUAAAUAUUCUUUAUAUCUCAAAA